GUACAUGGUAAAAUAAUGCAGUGCAAUAAUCCCCAUUGUAUGGCAUGUAUAAUCCCAUAUUAUGUAUAGGUCUUUAUGCUUAUGCGACAAAGCUUUGGAAGCACUUUUCAUAUCAUAAUAUGAUGGCUUCAAAACGAAAGGGUGAAACUUAAAAUGUUGUGCUGAGGAAAUUCUGCAACUUUUCGUUGAAAUAUGUUUCGAUAAAAUAUUUUUGAAUAUACUGUCCCUACCCUUCUGUCUUCAAACCAUCAAUUGAUAUGUUUUAGCUGUAUGAAUAUGAAAAAAAUUCUUAUCAAAGAUAAUAUGAAUUUGAGUAAAUUUUUCAUUUGACUGUUUGAUGAAUUCUUAUUGGUUAAUUUGCGAGCAUAUCAUGAUUAUGCUACAUGAUAGGUAAGAUAAGUAUAUACAAAAUAAAGGUGACAUGUAGAUGCUAUUUGAAUAUUACAUCAGGUCUGCAGAUUUUGAAUUUAAUUUUACUUCAAUUAUGAAUAAUAGGCGUUAUCAAUCUAUUCAUCAGUAAUUCUUUUUGUAUCAAAUUUUGUUUGAUAAGUGCAUUGAUCAAAAAAAUUGAUUUUCUUGUUUCUCUGUAUUGUGCAUCAUUUGUCUCUAACUUCAGUAAAAAUGACAUUUAUCAGCUUAACUGCGAGUUUGGAAAUUGUCAAAACUAUGAACUCAAACUUGUCGGUACUCCCGUAGUAUGUAUACCAGGUUAGGGUUAGGCCAUAAUUUUAUUCCGAUUUUCCCUAUUUUAGUUCUAUUACGAGUUCGGGACUGUCUGUGUUAGCCAAGUGAAUAUACCCUCUCCCCAUAGGUUUCAGUCCUUUUACACAACUUGAUGUAGAAUAGGCAAACAAAAUUGGUUACCUCCAUAUUGGUACACAUACUUCUGGAGCACCAAUUUGUCAUUUUCAACCCAGACAAUCACAAAGACACACAGCUCACUCUUCUAAAUUUCUACUGUGGGUUAUUUCACAAUUUGAAAAUAGAUGACUUUUUAUGCAAUAUUCUCUGUAAAGACAAACCAUAAGUCUUAAGCAUGUAUUAUAGACUUCUUUUACCACAGCCUCAUUAUGUUUGUGAUAUCUUGUUUGAACGUACAAUUAUGUCAUUGGUUAAACAAUCGCACAUUAAUAAUUGAACAUCUUGAUACAAUAUUUGGGGACCCCACCCAUCCUAUGUAAAGUUUUUUCUUGACAUAAAUUGUAUCAAAUUGUAAGGAUUGGUCUCCACUUACAAUAAAUCAAGUUUAUAUCAUAAUAGUUUUCACAGUGUAUAUAUCCUGCAUAGAAAAUCUUUUUUAAAUAUGGUGUUUGCCUCAAGUGUUACAUACUAUUUUAUAUUAUGAUUCUUCCAUUUGGAUCAUUUUUGUCAAAGAAUAAUUUCUGAUGAAAUCAUAUACGGUACUACAAACUUCAAUCGAUCGUCUCAUAAAAUUUGUUUAAUUACAGGCUGAAUAUUUAUUUUGAAGUCAGUAAUGCUAUUAAUAAUGAUAUAUUUACGGAUGGGAUAGAGAAUACUAAAAAUGGUCUUUACAUUUUUUGAGUAUCAUAUCAUGUUUUUGUGUGUGAAUGAGUGUCAGUGCAGUGUAUACCUUAAUUAAUUAAGUCAAAACAAACAAAAAAAAUUUUCUUCAAAAUUAUGAUAUAGCCUACAUCACUACAUGAUUAGUUUACUUUUUAUUUAAAUGUUUCACUUUUCAAUUGUACUUCUUUCCACUACAGCAUAUUCAUUUUAAAGACUUCAUUUUCAAUCUGCACUAUAAGAUAUACAAUGUUUGAUAUACCAUAGCUUUAUAUAAGAUUAAACAAACCACAGAAGCUUAUUUUCAGUCUCAAGAUACAUUUUUUUAGUAAAAAUUUUCAAUCAGUUCUUGCUGCUGGGAAAUACUUUUUAAUUCUUCGAAUACAUUCUAUUUGUUGAAAGUUUUGUAUCAUUUUUCUUGCUUAUUAUGUGACCUACUGAGGAAUGUUUCUGUUAUGUCAUUCUAGCUGAUAGUGUACAUAUGUUAAGGAAGAUGUAUGACGUAAUACUACAUCUUGUAAGAAACAUGAAUUCUUGUAUCAGUGAUAUACUACCGGUAUUUAUCGUUAGUUUUGAAUGACCUUCGGUAUAAAUUCUAAGUAGUGAGAAUAAAACAAAAAACUGAUAUUAUUCUAGUUGUCACUUUCUUCUAUCUUAUACUAUAAUGGUAAAAAUUCUGUAUUUGCUAUCAACAACUUUUGAUUUUUUUUUCAGAUAUUCUCUUGACUGAGAAAGCAGCCUUUGCUCUGUUAUUUAUUCGAUUAUGUGUAUAUUGGACUUCAUUCCAUCAUAUAAAUUAAAUUUAUAAUGUAUUUGUGCUCAAAAGUAUGUCGCUGAAAGAUGUCUUUUUUGAUAGAAUUUAUAUUUCUUGAACAGGAAUUCAAAAUGAAUAGCCCAAUAUUCAAUAGGCUAUAUGUUGAAAAUUAAUCACAAAAUACAAAGGAAUCUUGUGUUCACAGAUUCGUUAAUAAUUUGUAUUUAUCUUUAUCAUAAUGGACAAACAGUCUAUGAUUUCCAAAGGAUGGAAAUAUAUUUCUUGUGACAAAAAUAUUCUUAAUAUUGACUACGUGCUGUGUUCUGGACAAAGUUUCAGAUGGAAGAAAGUUGAUGGGAUUUGGGUUGGUGUUCAUCAAAAAAAAUUAUGGAAACUAAAACAAGAAAAUGACUGUAUUUGGUUUAGGGUUGCACACAAUACGCAAAGCUCAUCUACCCCAUCACUGCAACUGAAAAAUGAUAAACUGACAAAAGCAAAUAUCAGGAAACGUUCAAUGUGUAACCCGAAACAAAAAACUGCCAAAGUCAUCAAACUUGAUAAAAAUAAUAACCAUACGGUAAUAGAUGCUGACUCACAAAAAAAUUUUCCCAUUGAAAAUGAAUUUAACGAAGAAGCUAUUUUAUGUGACUAUUUUCAAUUAGAUAUUGACCUGAAUAGUCUUUGUAAAUCAUGGUCGAAUGUGGACAAACAUUUUGCCAUGAUACAUAAAAAAUUUCCUGGUGUAAGAAUGUUACGACAAGAUCCGGUGGAAAAUUUAUUUUCAUUCAUCUGCUCAUCAAAUAACAAUAUUUUGCGAAUAUCAUCUAUGGUUGAAAAUAUGUGUUCAAAGUUUGGUGACGUUAUCUGUAAAGAUGGAGAAAUUACAUACUAUUCUUUUCCCACUGUUGACAGCUUUGCAAAAAAUGGCACAGAAGAGGUAUUACGUGGACUUGGGUUUGGGUAUCGAGCUAAAUACAUUUACCAAACUGCGAUACAAGUUCGCGAAAGAGGCGGUGCUGCUUGGCUGAAUAAUUUACGACUGUUGUCGUAUUGUGAUGCACAUUCAGAAUUGGUUAAAUUGCCUGGAAUCGGUGCUAAAGUUGCAGACUGUAUCUGUAUGAUGUCACUAGAUAAACCCAAUGCAAUUCCUGUUGAUACUCAUGUAUGGCAAAUUGCUGUUCGAGAUUAUGACAUUAAAACAUUAAAAAAGACAAAAACUUUGACAGCAACUUCAUAUAGAGCAAUAGGGGAACAUUUCAGAAACCUUUGGGGUGGUUAUGCAUCAUGGGCAAUGAACUUUCUAUUUGUAGCUGAUUUGAAGCAAUUUAAGCAUCCUUUUUCACAAAAAUAGUUGUGAAAUGGUAGUUUCGCAAAUUCAGGGAGACACAAUUUCUAUAGAUUGGGGAUCAGAAUUGAGAGCUUUUGUAGCAAAAUCUUGACAAUGUCAACUUGAAAUUCGUCUCAGCGUUUUUUUUUUGGCUUUGCUUUUUUGAUCAAGAUGAUUUUGAAACUACUAAAUAACACAGGGCGACAUUGAAAUAAAACAGCCUUUUGCCCAUCAUAUAAAUAGAAAAGCAUUGCAUACUUUUAUAAAAUCUAUUCUGUAAAAGCAUAUCACAAAGAAAUAUUUUGACACUUUGCUUUGAAAGAACUCCUGGUUAAUUUCAAUUUUGAUCUAUGCCUCUAUAUAGCACAUAUUGAUGCUUAUUUCUUUUUCCAAUAAUAUUCCAAUAUUUGUUAGAUUAAUUUUCAUUUUCUUUUGUUUCAUAAUUUUCGUCUGGUAUAAUUCAUUUCUGUAAAACUUGAAUUGAAGGCCAUAUUGCUGUAUAGUUUAGACCCUUUUUACAACAGUUGAGCUAUAUGUACAUGUAGGUGUGUCUCGAUUUUCUUACGAAUCUAGUGUAAACAUUAUGUUUUAUUUGCCUCAGGACAGAUUUAUAUGAUGUUUGCUUAGACAUCCACCAUAAAUGCAAAUAAAAGUGAUUUUCAAUUGGGAGGUAUGACAGUAUAUAGCUUACAUUUAAUUAAAUUGUUGGCAAAUGAAUUUCUUGUGGCCAUUGAAACCUUUGAAUAAAAAGCCAUGGUGACAUUUUGUCGACAUCAUUUAACUAUAAGGGCAGACAACAAACAAAAUAUUCGGCUCUGUAUUUUUUACAAUAAUACCCAUACUGAAAUGACAUUGUAAGUUGCUAUAUUGUGCUAGGUAAAACGGUACUAGGGAAAUUUCAUGACUAUCGUAUUGUAAAGUUAUAAAGGAUGCUAGGAAUGUUAAAUAUUUGCUUUUCCGUUCAGAUUGUUUGCGACAUUCGACAAUAUACCGGCCCUAAACUAGUUGAUGAGGCACUUUCUGUUUGAAACCAUUUGAAAUAGAUUCAAUAUAGAUUAUGUUACAUCAAUGUUUGAUUUUUCGAAGUUUGUGGAUACCUUCUCCAUUAAACUUUUCUACAUAAUCCACUAUGUCUGCUUGCUCAUCAACUAAGACUAGUAGAUAUCGAGAAAUUGAAUUUCACUGAAUCUCAGCAUAUUAACUGGUUAUGAUAAAACUAGUAGCCGACCACUGAUUGUAAAGUGAGAUUUAUCUAAAACUACUCUGUGAUAAAUAUAAUCGUGAUUUUGAAAUAUCAUUUUACUAUAUUAUAAAAAGUUCCCUGUUUAUAAAUUCCCAGUCCUACUUAUCAUCUGCAAAAAUCACCAUUCACGACAAAUAAUAUAUUAGUAUGACAAAUACUUGGAAAACUAAUAAUGGUAUUGUUACAUUAAUAAGAAAUCGCGGUUUAGUUUAAAUAUGCUUGUUCGAGGAGGUCUGAUUAGAUGCUGAUUAGAUGACCAUUCAAAUAUAUAUAAAAUUAACAUUAUCAAUUACUGUCCCAUGAUUUAAUCCGUGAUGCAAUGUGUUUUUAGUCGACCUGAACUUCAAUUUUAGUAUUAAGAAUUAAAAAAACUUUUUUAAAUACCAUUCUUUUCUUUGUUUAAGUUAUUGAAUAACUAUAUUCAUUUUUGUAUCU